UCGCGCGGAGUGCACAGAAGCCGCACACACAGUCGGGGGAAAAUCGAUAGGAAAGUCUUGGGAAAUUGCUGCCAAAUGGCUUAAGUCAUCGCGAGAUAAAUAGCACGGAGAGGAAGUUGUGUGUGGGUUUAUUUCGGGGGAUUUGCUGCUUAAGAAGCAGAGAGGAGAGAGAGAAAGAGUGUUUCAUCAGCGCGAAGACGCGACUCUCGCGACGGAAGCGGCCGAUUUUCGCUCGCAAUUGAACCAGUAAAAUCAUUCACUGCUCCAGAUCGCGACCAUAAAAGACUAAACCACUCGAUCUCUGCCUUUGGAAGUGACUUUGGGGCUUCGCCAAUCACACAAAGUGCGGCGCAGGAGCUGAGAUGGAGUCUAAGGAAUCUCUGAGGGCGCGGCUGACGCCGAUGCAGUACCAAGUGACACAGGAAGCGGGCACGGAGCGCCCCUUCACAGGAUGCUACGACAAGCACUACGAGAAGGGCAUGUACGUGUGCAUCGUAUGCAGGCAGGAGCUGUUCAGCUCCAACACCAAGUACGAUUCGGGAUGCGGCUGGCCGGCGUUCAAUGAUGUCCUCGACCAGGGCAAAAUCACGCUGCACAAAGACACGAGCAUAGCAGGCAGCAAUCUAUUAAUCUUAAUUGCACAUCCAGAGAGGAUUAGGACGGAGGUUCGUUGUGCCAAAUGCGCCGCCCACAUGGGACACGUGUUCGAGGAUGGGCCGCCGCCGACCAGGAAGCGCUACUGCAUCAAUUCGGCGUCCAUCGACUUCAUUGCGGCGCCGGACAAGAGUUAGUUCUUCCUCUCCUUUUCCUUCCCCUUUUCCACACAGUUCCUCCUCAGGCUGGAGCUCCUCGGCUUCAGCUGCUGAACCCCCAAGAAUUUGUAUGAGAAAUACGCGAACAGAUUGUACAAAAUACCGAGAAAGAGAGAGAGUCAAAUAAAAGCAGAAAAUGGUAAA